CAUUUGCAACGAAUUGCAUCAGUUUAAUGUGCUAAAUUAUUUUGUAUUUAAUAAUCUAGUCUUGUGCAUUGUCUUUAUAGGUUGCAAAGAUGACACGGGUCGUAUCAAGGUUGAAAUGUUGGGGUCAUGCGUCCAAAGGUCACAGCCAAGAAAUAAGAUCAAGGUCGUUUACACCAGGGUUCAAUAGUCGGCGGUGAAUCGCCAUACUUUCCCAAUGUCAAGAGAACCAUUGCGAUAUUCUAAUGUAACAUUUUGACAGCAAAUGACUUCAUAUGAACACAGUGGUGAAAAUACAGAUAAAGUAAAGUUUCUCAGCUGUGAAAUUUGUGAUAAAACUUUUAACAGACAAGCAACGUUAAUAAGACAUACACAGACAGUUCAUGGGCCAAUGAUAAACUGUGUCCAUCCACAUUGCAACUAUGCGGCCCCACAGAGCCGGACCAAUCAGCUUCAGCAACAUAUGGCCAGAGUCCAUGAUCUGCAUUAUUACAAAAGUGGCUCUAUAGGUGUAUCAAGAGAAGAAAUGUCUGACCCCAGAAUGAGUGAGGAAGAUAAAGAGAGAAUUUGUUUUACAUUGCGAGAUUCAGUACUGAAUCUGUGUAAAGAAAACUACAACAGUGCAGUAGAAGUGGAUGGACUCAUCUGCAUUUCUGUAUUAAAUUCAAAGGAACAACAUGUUGUUAAGAUUCAUGAUUUAUUAACUGAAAAAGGACAACUAUUUACCAGUGUUAACACUGUAUCCAAUCCAAAAACUUUGAGUACCAACCAACGUAAAACAAGAGCGGACCUAAACAGUAAUAAGACUAAUAGUCAGGUUGAUCCCAAGGUAGUUGUUUGGAAUUCUGGGUCUCAAAGUAAUAACCAGAGUGUCCCAAAACAACAGUCAUCAUCUUUAUCGUUUAGUAGUAGUAGAAAAAAGGUUCCUUCUCGUGUUACACCUGAAAAUUCAGCACGAUUUCCAUUCUUAGUGCAAACUUUGCAAGAAAAUCAUAGAAAUCGUGCUUCAAGUGCAAGCCCUACUUUAUCGUCAGUUACUCCAAUUCCACAGCAUAGAGAGACUGAGAGCUUGUAUGGGAACAUGGCUCCCAGUCCACCAGUUAUGGAUAGUGCGAGGCCUGCAUCUAGUCUUCUUAAAAUAUUGUCAUCUCAUAAACAAAAACAGGCACAACAAUCUGAACAAGAAAGUAUUGAAAAGGUAGAACAAAGUCAUUUAAAUGACACUGGUGAGCUGAUGAUGUCAGUGAAAGAGGAACCAGUAGAGGAAGAAAUGACUGAACAAAUGGCAACCAGUCAUGACAUGGGAGAUAACUGUAAAGAACAAGCAAUUGAGAAAUCAGCUAUUAUCAAUGUUAAGAAUGAGCCUGUAUGGAAUGAAUUAGAUUACGGAGGAACUGCAGGUACCUCUACACUUGAUUUUGGAGGGUGUACUGACAAAAAUAACAAAGAAAGCAUGAAUGAAGUUAGGUCUAGUCAAAAUGAAGCACCUCAAAGUAGUUCCAAUUCUAUACUAGCUAAGAUUUUAAAUGGAAAGGAAGAAACAUAUACAAAAAAUCGUAAAACAGCAGCCACCUCUGCACCAAAGACAAAAACAGAACUCCAAACUCCUCAACAAACCACUGAAAAGAGUGAUGACCCAGAUAGUUCAUUACUUUAUCGUCUUCCUUUUGCAACAUUCCAGGACCUUUUUCCAAGUGGUCCAUCUGGAGAUAUGCAGAUGUCGCAACACUCUGAUGUCAGCCAGUCCUCUUCUGAAGGCAGAGGCCAAUCAAAACAAUCUAAAUCAUCAGGCUUUCAAUUUGACACUAUAGUGAGGAAAAUGUUAGAGGAAAAAUCAUCUGCUAGAGGGAAAAGACAACCACCAAGAAAAAAGAAAAAGACGGUAGUUUAUAAUGAAUCAGCAGAUUUCAGUAGUCAAGAAGAGGACUUAGAUUCUUUAAAUGAAAACAGUGACAAAGAAGACGAUGUUUACACUCCGUCUGGAAAGGAAUUGAUGGCUGAUAUAGAUGAAACAGAAUUUACAAUGUCACUACGUAGGAAACCACCGAAACGAAAGGUGAAGAACAGAUCUGUUGCUGUCAAAUCAACCACAAAAACUGCUAAGAUGACAGAUCAAACCAUGAAAACAGAAGCAAUAAUUGAUGUUCAGGACAUGGAGGUGGAUCAGAGUCACUAUAGAUAUGCCUGUUAUCACUGUCAGUUACGGUUCAGUGAUCGUCAAGACCGUGACAAACAUGAGGAACAAAAUUGCAUUAAUGAACUGAUUCUUUGUGAUGUCUGUAAAGGUUAUUUUGCAAAUACUACAUCAAGAAACAAACAUUUAUUUGAAGUACAUUCUGUUUUACCCGAUGAACAAAAAGACGAAAUUCAAGAGAGGCGGGAAGGGGCUAUGGAUGAAUUUAAGACAAUAGCACAAAAUCCGUAUGAAUUUGAAACAUUAAAGGACUGUGAAAGGAAUGAGAACUCUGGGCUAACCAUUGAAAGUGUUGGUUCAAUAAGUCAGCCUCACUUUGAUAUGGAGGCGUCGUCUGCAGAUACUCCCAUGGUUACAGGUCUAGUUACAAAAUUUAUCGUACCAUAUUGUGUUCAAAAUGAAAAGAACUUUAUAAAAUGUCCCUUGUGUAUAAGUGUGUUCUCAGACACUAAAACAAAGGAUGAACAUCUCCGGUGGCGACAUAGAAUAGCCAAUCAAAUUGAUAAUGGUGAUGGAACUGUAUCUUGUCAAAUGAUUGAGACGAAACCUUCUAAAACCCCCCCAGUAUAUGUAACAUUUGAAAAAAAUAAAAACAAUUAAAUACUUAAAUGUUUUUGAGAUUCUGGUAGGUGACACUACAGUCUGUACAAAGGACUGUGGUAAAACCUUUUAAAACCCCAUCUACACAACCAAUAAAUUGAAUCAAAUUAUAACAGUUGAAAACUGAAUGAUUAUUAUUUUUGAGUAAUGGUAGUAUCUAGCUACUGAUAUAUAUAAUGUAUAAGUAUAUUUAAUAUAAUGUAAUAAUUUAAGAGUUUUCCCUUAAAACAAUGUGAAAAGUCUACAAAUCGAAAGGGAAGGCAAUGCUAAACAAGCUAAAUGCCUGCUAUGAGUGGUUGAAUCAAAUUCCUAUUCUGUUUUAAAAACAUGAAAUUUAUAUUUUUUCCUUCAGAUGGUUACCCUAUUCACUCUACUUAUACAUAAUAUACAUCAUUGUACAUCUUAAAAUUAUAGACCUAAUAUGAUCUUGUUUUUUAUUUGUUGACUUGUUAAAACUUUUUUUGUAAUAAUUUUAUUUUUUGAUAUUAUUAAUUCAGAGAGAAUUAAGUGAAUUUAUGAUGUUUUGACAGUCUGAUAAAAAUGCAGAUCAUAUGUCAGAUAGUUACGGUAGUUUACAAGAAUCUGAAGAAAAAAAAUUUGUUUUAAAAGAAAUUUUGAGAUUCUCUGGUUUUAUUAGAUUGAUACAAUACAAGCCUUUAACAAAUUGAAGGUCAAUAAUUUCAUUGGCUAAUGUAAUAAUUACCAGAAUAGAAAGUAAAACUGAGUGUUGCAAGAUCCUUUAACAAGUUUAAGAUGGUACCUAACACUACAGGGAGAUAACUCUGUAAAAUCGGCUAAAAAAUUUAAUUACGUUGUGUUGUUAAGGGAAUAUUUAGCUUCUCAAUGAUCAAAAUAAGUGUUUGUCAAACUGCUAUAUUACCAGUGUAAUUUUUCUGAUAAAACGGUUGGUUCAAAUUUUUUGAAAUUUUUAUAUUUUUGUCAAAGGAUCAAAGUAAAUACUUUGUCAAAAUUUUAUGAAAAUUAAACGAGCCAAAUUAAUUUUAGUUAAAGUGUUGGGUACCACCUUAAACAAAGCCACAUGCAAGAUCUCAAUUUUAAGCAGAUUGAUGUUUUCCUUGUACUAUUGUAAAAGACAAUUAAAUAUGUGAUGAUAUAACAUUUGCUGAAGUUUUAUGUGAGAACUCUAAUUUUAAAUUCUAGAUACAUAAUUUAUGAUUUGAGUUUAGUUUUUUUCUUUACCUAAUUGUAUCAAUUUUGUUUAUUGAUUUUGUAUUCUUGUCAGUUGAUCAAAAUCAAAAUAAGAAAUGCACACUUCUUUUUCUUUUAAAAUUUUAAUUUCAGUAUUGCCAUUAUGGAGAAAUGGCUGUUUAUCCCAUUAAUUGUAAGCAUUAAAUGCUUUUCAUGCAAUAUAAUUGAGAAUAUUUGGUUUAUUUAAUGCUCCAGCCUAACCCCCCAAAAAAUAUAUAAGAUGGUAAAAAGCUCCUUAGAUAUUUUAGAUAUCAGGUAACAUUAACCAAUAAUUAGUGUAAUUCGCUUGUCAGACAUGUCAGAGGCAUUAAUAUUAAGUAGGCUUUGAAUUUUUGUCCUGAUUCAUUAGGCAUUUUUCUUCUAUGGUUAAAUUUACCAUUGUAAGUGUACAUCAAUUUGAAAUAUUUCUUACAAAAGUACUCAGUAUAGUCUACAAAUGAUUCACUGUAUAGGAAAUACACCACUAAUUCAUGGUCCAAUUGCUUUCUAUGUUAAAUUCCUCCGUUUCAAGAAGGCACACCUCUUUUGUUUUAAGUUCAAAUAAAGUGGCAAUCAUUGCAUUUCAAAGCAACACUUUAUGGUGUCUUCUACUGAAAAAAUCAACAUACUUUACAUGGCAUAUAAGAAAGAACUGGUUCCCGGAACUUCGGAUGUACCAAAACAGGUACUUCAAAUCUGACAAACAGACAAAUGAACCCUCUUUUUAAAAUUUGAUGCAGUUUUUUUAAUAUUUAUAAUUAUAUAAUUAUAAGUCCAAAAGUGUUCUACAAUGAUCACCAGUCCUUCAGCUUUCAUUUCAUACCAAAAAAUGUACAUUUGUACUACUUUCUGGUAUGUGCUUUCAUGCUGGGCCUUAACUAGUGGUUUAACACCUUUAUAAACUAAACUUUUUUGAGUGAAUACAAAUUCAAAUAUACAUGAUGAGGUAUGUUGGCAUUUGAUUUUUUUAAAGGAAGAAAACAAAUUUGUGUAUGGAAACAACAGGAUAUAUUUUUAAAUGUAUGUGAAAACAAAAAAACCUUAAAGCAUACUUGUAGUUGGGAAAUGUGAGUCAAAAAGUUGUAACAAUUUAUAAAGGAAAAUUUAAAAAUAAUCUUACCAAUAAAAUUGAUAACUUUGAUUUGGCUUUAUUUAAAUCAGAUGCUUUUAGGUGUAAUAUGAACUCUUUUUUGUUUUAUAACUAUUUAACUAAAUUUGGUGUAUUUAAUACCUUCUGAUUGGUUAAAAGUAUUACUUUUAUUUUCAAUGUUGUCAAUUUUUAUGGCAACACAUCCAUUCUGACGUUGUGUAUUCAUAUGCCAACAUGUGUGUAUGCUGUUAUUGAUAAUAUAAAUAAUAUGAAAAGUUCUUUGAGUCUUAUUUUUUAUAGAUAUUUAUUUAUAAUGAAUGGCAAUAACUUGUUUUGAAUUUAUUGAACCAUAAAACUAAUUUUUGACUCUUCACAUUUUUCAUUAUCUGCUUUGCGAAUUAUUCAAUGUGAAGAGUCAAAAAUUAAUUUUAUGGUUCAAUAAAUUCAAAAUAAUAAUAGCCAUUCAUUAAUUCAUAAACAUGGCAAAACAUAACUUAAGGGGGCUGGCGGGUUUAAAUCAAUUUUUUUAAUUUAAUAUAGGAUUUCGCUAUAUUUCUCUCUAAAUGAACUUUAUC